AAUGUUAGACGCACAUAUGACCUAUAAUGUGUUAAAUGUUUCAUCUGUCGGAUAAAGCAUCAUGGAUUUCGACAGGUCUUCACGUCCUACAUUGCACUCGUCUUUAGGAAGAUGCAUCUACAGAUGGAAAUCUAAAAUACGAAGAAAUCUUACCAUUAUCCUGACUUUCAUUGGAAUCGUGCUGGGUGUAUCACUGGGUGUAAUAUUAAAUAUAUUUUCUAUCACAGAACCUGUUCUGCUAUGGAUAGGACUUCCCGGAGAACUUUUUAUCAGGGCACUAAACUUUGCUGUAAUACCACUCCUAGCUGGCAAUAUUAUUUCCAUGUCAUCCAAGUUGAAACCUUCAGUGCAAGGUAAAAUGGCUGUACUUGCUUUGAGCUAUUGUGUUGGAAUGAAUGUCUUUGCUUCUUUUCUUGGCCUAAGCGUAACAUCACUUAUCAAUCCAGGUGGGAGAUUCAUGUCCAACACUCAAAUAUCUGUAGUGAUUUCUUCAAGUCGUGACAAGGUUGAGAUAUCGGACGUAUUUAUGGACUUUUUCAGAAAUAUGGUCCCAGACAAUAUUGUCAAAAUGUUCCUGUUUUCCACGAUAACAAACUAUAAGUCAGUUGAAUCAGACAAUGCUUCUUCACCUCAUUCAAUGAAUAAGUCAUCAAUGAUCAAAUAUGAACGAAUAGUUGAAUCUACACCACAAACGAACAUUCUAGGAAUACUUACAACCAGUCUGCUCAUCGGCCUGGUAGCUGGGUCUCAAGGUGAUAAAGUUCGUCCAUUAGUUGCAUUGGCUGAUGCUAUUUCUGAAAUAAUGACAGUAAUUACAGAAGUUAUUAUCAAAUUUCUUCCGGUCGCGAUGAUUAGUCUGAUAGCUUAUGCAAUUGCCCGAAUGGAGCGAAUUGAAGAGAAUUUGAUAGCUUUGGUUUUAUUCAUUGCAUCAUCAAUCACAUUUCAUUCUAUAAUCGUGUUGGUGAUUAUGCCAUUGUUUAUAUUUAUCACUGUAAGGCGAAAUUUAUAUCGCUUCUAUUGUAUUCUAUCUGAACCUGUGCUAACUGCAUUUAGUUCAACUAGUUCAUUAAUUGCUCUUCCACAACUUUUUCGAGUUUGUGAUCGAUAUGGUAUAGACUCAGAUUUAGUACGUACUGUGGCACCAUUUCUGACAAGUUUCAAUGCGAAUGGAUCUGCAGCAUUUAUUGCAUCCUCAGUUUGCUUUGUUACUCAAUUAGCUAAACAACCUUUGAAUGCUGGUCAGCUUAUUGCACUGGGAUUUUUAUCUGGUAUCAACGUUAUGGCAUUGCCUGCAAUCCCAAGUGCCAGUAUAAUAACUAUCAUUCUGAUAACGCGUGCAUUUAAUAUUCCUGAGACCACGAUUUCACUUCUUUUUGUUGUGGAAUUUAUUGCAUCCAGUGUUACCUCUUCGUAGCCACAUAGGAUGGUGUUCUUGAACUCGUUUGGACAGAACCCUCAUAUUCGACGGCCGAUAUACCCGACUGCACAGGAGCAGGUGAACUAAUAAAUGCACAUAGAGAUGACCAGAUGCAGGAUCUUAUCUUCCAGGCUUUUGCCAAGUAAAGGAUGACUAGAGAACACUACUGUAAGAGUUGCUGCAAAUUGAUUGUUUUAAUUUGUAUUUAUUUAAUCUAACCACUCGUAUCUCAUUCAGUUUAUUGUUUAUUUUCCAUCUUGUCACACCUUACCAGUGAUCGAUUACGCACCGUGGUCAAUGUUAUGAGUCACGGAACUUGUGUUCUAUUUAUACACUUAAAACUUUGUCAAAUGAAUUCCACACUGACUUUAAUCACUCCACCAAACAGUCAAGAGACAUCAUCGAAUCAACCCAGCACAGAUACUGAUAAUUCUGAAUCAAAUGAUGUAAUAUGUCACAAUGCCUAUGCAAACUGACAAUAUGAUUUCAGUGAACCUCUCUAUCUCUCUCCCUCUACUUUUUGAUUUACAAGAGCAUAUAGUUGAUUGUUUAUUUCUUAUGGUUUCCUAUUUCUACCUCUACUGUUAAUGCCUUUUCCAAUGAAGAAAACUCAUCAGUGUAACUAUGAUCUCCUUGAUCAGUCACUCUGUGAUACCUACUUUGUUAAAAUAUGUUUCUAUCUCUAAUCUCAUGUAUUCUUUCUUACAAAUUAUGUGCACACACACACACACAAAAUAUAUGGUUAUGUGCAAAAAUAACUUCUAUAAUAAUUCAUAUCGUACCAUAAAGCUGUGAUAAUUCUAGUUGAUAUGAAGAAGCAAAUUAUAUCUAAGACAGAUUUGGAUGAUCAAUCCGUGAACCAUUCAAGGGAAAGGAGGAACUGUGCAAUCCAACUGGCCAUUAUAGUUUCAAUUUCUUUUCAACCUCAGUCCAUCGAUUUGCGUAAAAAAGAAAUUUUAUAUACAUUUUGCACACAUUUAAUUCUCUGCGUAUAACUAUCUUUUUCUGCAUAUGUUGUCAGUAUUUAUGAUUCCUUUUACAAAGUAUCGUGUCUUACGCUGCUGAAAGAGAAACUCAAUUUUCACUUUGUGAUAUUUAGAACGUAAAUAUUUAUUGUUUUGACUUACAAAUUAGCUUGAAGUG